CUGACAGGGUGGAGCCUUUCCGGAGGAGGGUCCUUAAGGGAGGACAGUUAAAGCCAGGUCUCCCCACACCUCUCCAGAGGCCGCAUUUACAGCCUGCCUGUCUGUUCAGAACCUGCUCCCACUUCAGGCCAAGGCCAACCCCCCUAGGACCUCCCCUCCAUAAAAUUCCAAGCUGCUGAAGGACUCCAGGUGGGGCUGGGUAGGUGUGCUGCUGAAAUGGGCUCUGAGCUGGAGACUGCCAUGGAGACCCUCAUCAACGUCUUCCAUGCCCAUUCGGGCAAGGAAGGGGACAAAUAUAAACUGAGCAAGAAGGAGUUGAAAGACCUGCUACAAACUGAACUCUCCGGCUUCCUGGAUGUCCAGAAGGACCCAGAUGCUGUGGACAAGGUAAUGAAGGAACUAGAUGAAAAUGGAGAUGGAGAGGUGGACUUCAAGGAGUAUGUCGUGCUCGUGGCCGCUCUCACUGUGGCUUGUAACAACUUCUUCUGGGAGAACAGUUGAGCACACAGCCCUAGUUAACAGCGCCCUUCCUCUCCAACUUGUCAAGGCAUCCCCUUUAUCCUGCCUUCUCCUCACCCGAACUGUACCACCCUAGGUCCCCAUCCUUGCCCAGUUCCAACAUGCACUAAGGGCGCAAGAGUGGCAGAUUUUAAUAAAGUCUUCUCUCUCACCAACUGUCAA